CUGGGGAGGGAGGCGGGGCAGAGGAAGGGGUUGGAUGUGGCGGAUCGAGGCCCCUGCUUGCCAGCCGAGGCCCUGGCCAUGGCAUCCUCCUCGGCGUCACCAGGGAAGCCGAAGGCCAAAUACCCCUUUAAGAAGCGGGCCAGUCUGCAGGCAGCCAAUGCGCCAGAGGCUCGGGGCGGGCUGGGGGGACCCCCGCUGCAAUCCGCCCGCUCCCUGCCAGGCCCUCCCCCCUGCCUCAAGCACUUCCCAAUCGACCUGCGCACCUCCAUGGAUGGCAAAUACAAGGAGAUCGCUGAGGAAUUGUUUAGCCGCUCGUUGGCAGAGAGUGAGCUUCGCAGCGCCCCGUAUGAAUUCCCAGAGGAGAGCCCCAUCGAACAGCUGGAGGAGAGACGUCAACGGCUAGAGCGGCAGAUCAGCCAGGAUGUCAAGUUGGAACCAGACAUUCUGCUUAGGGCCAAGCAAGACUUUCUGAAGACAGACAGUGAUGCAGACCUGCAGUUGUACAAGGAGCAGAGUGAAGCUCAGGGUGACCGUGGGCCCAGGGACCGAGAUGGGCAUCUGGAGCGAGAGUUUCAGAGGGUCUCCAUCUCUGGAGAGGAGAAGUGUGGGGUACCAUUCACCGACCUGCUGGAUGCAGCCAAGAGCGUGGUGCGAGCGCUGUUCAUCCGGGAGAAGUAUAUGGCCUUGGCCCUUCAGAGUUUCUGCCCCACCACUCGGCGCUUCCUGCAGCAACUCGCCGAGAAGCCCCUGGAGACCAGGGCCUUUGAGCAGGGUCCAGAUACCCCCGUGUCUGCUGAUGCCCCAGUGCACCCCCCAGUGCUAGAACAGCAUCCUUAUGAACACUGUGAGCCUGCCUCCAUGCCUGCGGACCUGGGUUUUGGCCUCCGCAUGGUCCGGGGAGUCGUCCACGUCUACCUGAAGAGGGAUCCCGAAGAACAGAACUCAGAGCUGGAGCUGCCCUACCCCGACCUGCAGGAGUUUAUAGCUGAUGUCAAUGUGCUGAUGGCCCUCAUCAUCAACGGUCCCAUAAAGUCCUUCUGCUACCGUCGGCUGCAGUACCUGAGCUCCAAAUUCCAAAUGCACGUGCUGCUCAAUGAGAUGAAGGAGCUGGCCGCACAGAAGAAAGUGCCCCAUCGGGACUUCUACAACAUCAGGAAGGUGGACACACACAUCCACGCCUCGUCCUGUAUGAACCAGAAGCACCUCCUUCGCUUUAUCAAGAGGGCCAUGAAGCGGCACUUGGAGGAGAUAGUGCAUGUGGAGCAGGGCCGGGAGCAGACGCUGCGGGAGGUCUUCCAGAGCAUGAACCUCACGGCCUACGACCUGAGUGUGGAUACGCUUGAUGUGCACGCAGACCGGAACACCUUCCAUCGAUUUGACAAGUUCAACGCCAAGUACAACCCUAUUGGGGAGUCCGUCCUUCGAGAGAUCUUCAUCAAAACAGACAAUAGGGUUUCGGGGAAAUACUUUGCCCACAUCAUCAAGGAGGUGAUGUCCGACUUGGAGGAGAGCAAGUACCAGAACGCAGAGCUGCGCCUCUCUGUGUAUGGGCGCUCUCGGGACGAAUGGGACAAGCUGGCACACUGGGCCGUGGAACAUCGUGUGCAUUCGCCCAAUGUGCGCUGGCUGGUGCAGGUGCCUCGGCUUUUUGAUGUCUACCGCACCAAAGGCCAGCUGGCCAACUUCCAGGAGAUGCUGGAGAACAUCUUCCUGCCGCUCUUCGAGGCCACAGUGCACCCCGCCAGCCACCCGGAGCUGCAUCUCUUCUUGGAGCACGUGGACGGCUUUGACAGCGUGGAUGAUGAAUCUAAGCCUGAGAACCACGUGUUCAAUCUGGAAAGCCCGCUCCCCGAGGCCUGGGUGGAGGAGGACAACCCGCCCUACUCCUACUACCUGUAUUACACCUAUGCCAACAUGGCGGUGCUCAAUCACCUGCGAAGAGAGCGGGGUUUUCACACCUUUGUGCUCCGGCCCCACUGUGGGGAGGCAGGACCCAUCCACCAUCUGGUAUCCGCCUUCAUGUUGGCAGAGAACAUCUCUCAUGGGCUGCUGCUGCGAAAGGCUCCAGUCUUACAGUACCUGUACUACCUGGCUCAGAUCGGCAUUGCCAUGUCCCCGCUCAGCAACAACAGCCUGUUUCUCAGCUACCACCGCAACCCACUGCCCGAGUACCUGUCCCGGGGGCUCAUGGUCUCGCUCUCCACGGAUGACCCCCUGCAGUUUCAUUUCACCAAGGAGCCUCUGAUGGAGGAGUACAGCAUCGCCACUCAGGUGUGGAAAUUGAGCUCUUGUGACAUGUGUGAACUGGCCCGGAACAGCGUCCUCAUGAGUGGUUUCUCCCAUAAGGUGAAGAGCCACUGGCUAGGACCCAAUUACACCAAAGAGGGGCCUGAGGGCAACGACAUCCGCCGCACCAACGUGCCAGACAUCCGAGUGGGCUACCGCCACGAAACAUUGUGCCAGGAGUUGGCCCUCAUCACGCAGGCGGUGCAGAGCGAGAUGCUGGAGCCCAUCCCUGAGGAGCCUGGACUCCCCCUGAGCCCAGGGCCCCACUGAGCCUGGGCAGGCGCCCGGUGCCUCACUGCGCCUUCUCCAGAUCCUUUGCGCUCUCUCUCUUCCUGUUGUGCCCUUUCUGUUUGACUGUCCCCACACGUCCGGCUUCCCUGCAUGUCUGCCUGCCUCUGUCCUCUAGUCUGUGCCACCUCCUGUUGGGGUAGGGGAUUGCUGGCCCACGUGCUUCUGGUCACUGGGCCCAGGGACCCUGCUCUGGACUUCUUGACUGAAUUACGUGUCAAAACGCCCAGGGCUGGGCCCUGGUGCUGCCCCUCGCAGGCCAGCACUUUUGGGGCAGCCUGUGUGCUAGCACCUCCCUUGGCCCAUCACUCCAAGGUGCGUCGGAGCCUGGCAGCCGUGCUGGGAGUUACUAGCACCUCGUUUGGUUUCAAGGAUGGGUGCUUCUGGAGGACCCUGUCCCUGGGGAACCGUGCCCAUCUAAUGCCCGGGGAGCUCCUCAGUCACUGGUCCCAUGCCCACAGACACUGCCUGGGUGGGUACCCAGGUUGGCCAGGCCUGGGCGCUGGCUUCGUCUUGUUUUGUCCUGACAAACGUGAUGGUGUCUUGUCAGAAGACCAGGGGUCUGCCGUGGGCACCGCGGCUGGGGCCUGGAUGGGGGCUGAAGCCCCUAAUCGGGGUGUGGUAGGGCAGGGAGAAGGGAAAGCUGAGCACCUGGUUCAGGUUCUAGGGACAGGCCAGGUACUCGACGCCGGUGCUGCAGCCGCUUCCGUCCUUGCUGCCUACCCAGACCGGCUCAAGCUGUAGCUUUUUGUGCCACUGUAAGGAGGGAAGGGGAGAGGAGAGGAGAGGAGGGAGCCUGCUGCGGCCUAAGCACCGGGCAGGGGAAGGAAGGGAGGGCCCGGGUUCACCCAGGUGGCCUUGGAGGGAGAGAAUCCCUGGGGAGGCCCCCUUCUUGUCUCUGCUCUCCCUCCCCAUCGGUGCCUGUCACUGGCCAAGCUGGAAUUGUUUUUCAUUGCUGUGACAUGUGAUGUUUCAAACUAGUCCCUCUCCAAAGCAUGAAAAAAAUAAAGAUUAUUUAAGUAA